CCCUGGAGGGAUUUUGGGGGUCCCAGGGUGGAUUUUGGGGGUCCCUGGGUGUUCUGGGGGUCUCUGUGGGUAUUUUGGGGGUCCCAAAUGGGGUGUUUGCCCCCCCAGGACCCCCGGAACAAGCACAAGUUCAAGGUGCACAGUUACAGCAGCCCCACCUUCUGCGACCACUGCGGCUCCCUCCUCUACGGCCUCGUGCACCAGGGCAUGAAGUGCUCCUGCUGCGAGAUGAACGUGCACAAGCGCUGCGUGCAGAGCGUGCCCAGCCUGUGCGGGGUCGACCACACCGAGCGCCGGGGGCGGCUCCAGAUCCGCAUCCAGGCCCUGCCCGGGGAGCAGCUCCACGUCACCGUGGGGGAGGCGCGGAACCUGAUCCCGAUGGAUCCCAACGGGCUCUCGGAUCCCUACGUGAAGCUGAAGCUGAUCCCGGACCCCAAGAACGUGUCCAAGCAGAAGACGAGGACGGUGAAGGCGACGCUGAACCCCGUGUGGAAUGAAGCCUUUCUAUUUACUCUCCGCCCCGGGGACGCUGAGCGGCGCCUCUCGGUCGAGGUGUGGGACUGGGACCGCAC